AUGGCCGCCCCCUACCAGCUCGACAAGAAGGACAAGGUCCUCAACAUCCUGACUCUCCCCGAGGAAGUCUUCGUGUUCCGCUACGCUCCCACCACGCCCAUCCCCGCGGGACUGUGGGAGGGCGACGAGUUCUGCAGCGUGACCAAGACGAAGAACGAGCUCUCGAUUGUCGCGCCCCAGAAGCGCGUCGUCGACUCGGGCAUGCCGAAGGCGUCGGCGGAGCACUGUGGAGGGCCUUGGAACGUGCUGAGGGUCAGGGGACCGCUGGAGCAUCGUGAGUACCUGGCUGGCUCAAUGGCUCAAUGGAGUGUAAAGUCUCGGGAUACCCUGACACCAGACAUGGUUGGCGUCAUGGCUGAGCUUGCACGGGUGCUCAAGGAGGCGUCCAUCUCCAUUUUCACAAUUUCUACUUGGGACACUGACUACCUCCUCGUCACGAAGAACACGUACGAGGCCGCCAAGAAGGCGCUCGAGGCUGACGGGUGGACGUUCGCGUAA